CUUCCAGAUGCUUAGGGUGAGCUCUAGCUUUCUGUGUAUUCAGGAACUGAUAUUCAAUGGCUAGAAACAGCUGACAAGUGGCUGAAAUGAAUACGACUACUAUCCUACAAGAGAUUUUGAUUAAAAGAUCACAGCAGAAGAAGAGGACUUCUCCCUUAAACUAUAAAGAGAGGCUUUUUGUACUUACAAAGUCUAUGCUAACAUAUUACGAAGGUCGAGCGGAGAAAAAGUACAGAAAAGGAUCUGUGGAUAUUUCAAGGAUUAAAUGUGUAGAAGUUGUAAAAAGUGAUGGUAUUAUCCCCUGUCAAAAUAAAUAUCCCUUUCAGGUUGUAUAUGAUGCUAAUACGCUCUAUAUUUUUGCACCAAGUGCAGACAGCCGGGAUCAGUGGGUGAGGAAUCUGAAAGAAGAAAUAAAGAACAACAGCAAUAUAAUGGUAAAAUAUCAUCCUAAAUUCUGGACAGAGGGAAUUUAUCAGUGUUGCAGACAGACAGAAAAAUUAGCACCCGGCUGUGAAAAAUACAAUCUUUUUGAAAACAGUGUAAUGAGAUUUCCCUCUCCAAUGCCACAAAAAAUUGUGCGAAGGCCUCCACCACCUGUACCUCCAGUUGAAGAAAAUGGCCAUGAAGAGGAAGAGAUAGUUGUAGCAAUGUAUGAUUUUGAGCCUACAGAGCAUCAUGAUUUAAGAUUAGAGAAAGGUGAAGAAUAUACCGUGAUUGAGAAGAAUGACAUUCACUGGUGGAAGGCGAGAGACAAAUAUGGAAAACAAGGCUAUAUUCCAAGUAACUAUGUAACAGGAAAGAAGUCCAACAACCUUGAUCAAUAUGAGUGGUACAGCAGAAACCUAAACAGAAGCAAGGCAGAGCAGCUUCUCAGAAAUGAGGAUAAAGAAGGUGGUUUUGUGGUGAGAGACUCCAGUCAGCCUGGCCUCUAUACCGUUUCCCUUUAUACAAAGUUUGGAGGAGAAGGUUCAUCAGGAAUAAGACACUACCAUAUAAAAGAAACAGUGACGUCACCAAAGCAGUACUACCUCGCAGAAAAACAUCUCUUUAACUCCAUUCCAGAAAUAAUUGAGUAUCAUAAACAUAAUGCAGCAGGUCUUGUCACGAGGCUGCGUUACCCAGUCACCCCAAAGAAGACAACAGCACCAACAACAGCAGGAUUCAGCUAUGAGAAAUGGGAAAUUAAUCCCUCAGAACUGACAUUCAUGAGAGAACUGGGGAGUGGUCUGUUCGGCGUAGUGCGCCUUGGGAAGUGGAGGGCACAGUACAAAGUGGCCAUCAAAGCAAUUCGGGAAGGGGCAAUGUAUGAAGAGGAUUUCAUUGAAGAAGCUAAAGUAAUGAUGAAACUAACACAUCCUAAAUUAGUUCAGCUGUAUGGUGUGUGCACACAACAGAGACCUAUUUACAUCGUGACAGAGUUCAUGGAGCAUGGCUGCCUUCUCAAUUACCUGAGACAAAAACGGGGAGUUUUGAGUAAAGAUGUCCUGCUCACUAUGUGCCAAGAUGUAUGUGAGGGAAUGGAGUACCUGGAGAGAAACAGCUUUAUCCACAGAGACCUGGCUGCCAGAAACUGCUUGGUGAGUGACUCAGGAGUGGUCAAAGUGUCAGAUUUUGGAAUGACAAGGUAUGUCCUUGAUGAUCAAUACACAAGCUCCUCAGGGGCCAAAUUUCCUGUGAAAUGGUGCCCCCCAGAAGUUUUUAAUUAUAGCCGAUUCAGCAGCAAGUCAGAUGUGUGGUCGUUUGGUGUUCUAAUGUGGGAAGUCUUUACAGAAGGAAAAAUGCCCUUUGAAAAAAGCUCCAACUAUGAAGUGGUAACAAUGGUUAGUCAAGGACACCGUCUGUAUCGGCCCAAACUAGCCUCCAAGCAGGUGUAUGAAAUGAUGAUGAUGUGCUGGCAGGAGAAACCAGAGGGGCGCCCGACUUUUGAAGACUUGCUUCACACAAUCAUUGACAUUGCAGAGGGUGAAGAUGCUUUCUGAAGAAACAACAGCAGCACAAGUAGAGGAAAGAAGCCACUUUCCAGAUAUGAGGUGUCACCAUUUCUUUUUAAAAGCAUGAUCCUGUAAGCUACUGGAUACUGUGAAAUGGUGUGGGUAACCUGGAACACCUGAUCGACUCCAGCACAAGGAGAGAUUUUUGUGAUGGUGGGAAAUGAGCACAGUCUCUUCAGCAAUACUAGCAGUCUCCAUAUUUUCACUGUCAGUAUUGCAUAGCUGGCAGUUGAGCUCUUUAUGGAGGAAGAGAGAAUGUGGCCUAAGCCCAGGACCCUAAUUUGCUUUUAGUGAGUUGGGUUCAUGUACUUACAGUCCACAAUUCUGAGUUUCUCUUUACACAGGCAGUAAUACUUGUAGUGAUUUGCGUGCUUGAAAAUUGAAGUAUCUCUUAAUGGCAAUUUACUGACAUUGAAAUGUUUCCAAAGAUUCUCCAGAAACUCUCUUUUUCCAAUUGAUGGGUGUUACAUGACACAUCAAGAACAAAAAACAUGCCUUGUUCAUUUGCACAUGGCAGGUUGUUUAUAGCACGGUCUUCAGUUUAGUGUAACACUCAAAAAGCUUUGCUUCAGAGCUGAGCUAUGAUAUGCCCCAAGCCAUUCUAGGCUGUUUGGUCAAUCAGAGACCUCCCACGGUGAGUCUUGAUGUUACUCAUGAAAAAAUAAGUCCAAGAUUCAGCACAACUGGCUUUCAGUGUACUAUAGUACCUUGUUUUGGAUUAAUUAUAAAAUAAUUUAUAUGCUGUAUGUGUUGUAAAUAUAUAAAUUCCAUGCAUUUAUUUAUAUAAAGUGUGUUUUCCUCUUUAAAUUUUCAAGCACAAGUUUGUCCUACCUUCACUUACAUACAUAACUUGAUACAUGAGGUUGUAAAUUAAAGAAAGCAAACUCCCAAGUGUGUUUAAGGAGGGCUUCUCUUUCUGUCUGUCAUCUGUACAUACAGUGAUCUAACCAUUCUGUUCUUAAAAGAAAAUGUUGUAGUAUAUGUGCAUGUAAAUAAACUGGAUGUUAAGUAUUGUUUGGAACCAA